AUGACGGAGGUGGAAGAUAACUCUUGGCCUUGCCUCUUACAGUUGAGACACAUUGAGACGAGUCAGAGCAUUGGCUGUGAUGACUACCUAGGCUCCGACAAAGUCGUGGACAAGUGCGGGGUGUGCGGAGGCGACAACACAGGCUGCCAGGUCGUGUCGGGUGUGUUUAAGCAUGCCCUCACCAGCCUGGGCUACCACCGCGUGGUGGAGAUUCCCCAAGGAGCCACAAAGAUCAACAUCACCGAGAUGUACAAGAGCAACAACUAUUUGGCCUUGCGAAGUCGUUCUGGCCGCUCCAUCAUCAACGGGAACUGGGCAAUUGACCGGCCCGGAAAAUACGAGGGCGGAGGGACCAUGUUCACGUACAAGCGUCCAAAUGAGAUUUCGAGCACUGCUGGAGAGUCCUUUUUGGCCGAAGGUCCCACUAAUGAGAUCUUGGAUGUUUAUAUGAUACACCAGCAGCCUAACCCAGGAGUCCACUACGAGUACGUUAUCAUGGGGAACAACGCCAUCAGCCCACAGGUGCCACCUCACAGGAGACCAGGGGAGCCCUUCAACGGCCAGCUGGUACCAGAAGGGAGGAGCCAGCAGGAGGGAAAAGAGAAAGAGGGGGACCAGGAGAAGGCAGACGCGCACGGCGGGGCACCUGAAAUGUUCACGUCGGAAUCAGCACAGACCUUCCCGGUCAGGCAGCCAGACAGAUUCUCUCCCCACCGGCCGGACAGUGUGGUGCCGCCGGCUCCACAGCCCCCUCGGCGGAGCCGGGAUCACAACUGGAAGCAGCUGGGGACCUCAGAGUGCUCGACCACCUGCGGGAAAGGAUCGCAGUACCCUAUUUUUCGCUGUGUGCACAGAAACACUCACGAAGAGGUUCCCGAGAGCUACUGUGACUCGACCAUGAAGCCGACCCCCGAGGAGGAGCCCUGCAACAUCUUCCCUUGCCCAGCCUUCUGGGACAUCGGGGAGUGGUCCGAGUGCAGCAAAACCUGCGGCCUGGGCAUGCAGCACCGCCAGGUCCUGUGUCGCCAGGUGUACGCCAACCGCAGCCUGACGGUGCAGCCCUACCGCUGCCAGCACCUGGAGAAGCCCGACACCGCCAGCACCUGCCAGCUCAAGAUCUGCAGCGAGUGGCAGAUCCGGACGGACUGGACCUCGUGUUCGGUGCCCUGUGGAGUGGGACAGAGGACCCGGGACGUGAAGUGUGUGAGCAACAUCGGGGACGUGGUUGACGACGAGGAAUGCAACAUGAAGCUCCGGCCCAAUGACAUUGAGAACUGCGACAUGGGCCCCUGCGCCAAAAGCUGGUUCUUGACCGAGUGGAGCGAGAGGUGCUCGGCGGAGUGCGGGGCUGGAGUGCGGACGCGCUCGGUGGUGUGCAUGACCAACCACGUCGGCAGCCUGCCCCUGGAAGGCUGCGGGAGCAACCGGCCGGCAGACGCCACCCCGUGUGACAACGGGCCCUGCACCGGCAAGGUGGAGUGGUUUGCGGGGAGCUGGAGUCAGUGUUCCAUCGAGUGUGGGAGCGGGACCCAGCAGAGGGAGGUGAUUUGUGUUAGGAAGAACACAGACACCUUUGAAGUGCUGGACCCCUAUGAAUGUUCCUUCCUGGAGAAACCCCCCAGCCAGCAACCCUGCCACCUCAAGCCCUGCGGGGCCAAAUGGUUUAACACAGAAUGGAGCAUGUGUUCCAAGAGCUGUCAGGGUGGUUUCCGCGUCCGGGAAGUACGCUGUCUGGCAGAUGACAUGACCCUAAGUAAUCUCUGUGACCCUCAGUUGAAACCAGAAGAAAAAGAAUCCUGCAACCCUCAGGACUGUGUCCCUGAAGUUGAUGAAAACUGCAAGGACCGGUAUUACAACUGCAACGUGGUGGUCCAGGCCAGACUCUGCGUCUAUAACUACUACAAGACCGCCUGCUGCGCCUCCUGCACGCGCGUGGCCAGCAGGCACUCGGGCUUCCUCGGGAGCAGAUAACAUCCCACUCCACAUCCGUGGGCAGGUCCGGGAGUCUGUGAGCGGGGGGACCGGCUGGCUGCUGCCCUACUGGGGGCCCCCUGGCCUGUGGAGCUGCCAGUCAAGUUAGUCCGCACCCUGCCUUCGUAAAGUGUACACGCAGUGCCCAAGAGCAAGGCCACGGUUGUCCUUUGAGCAUCACCAUGAACUGAUGAGCCCUCCUCCAGAAGCCUGGCCCCUGCGCUCUCUGCAGACCAAGCGGUGGGGAGUGCCUUCAGCUCUCAGCUGCCUCCAUCCUGGCAGUUUCUAAGUCAGCAGCCGGGCCCUGUCUGGGCGCUGCCUCGUCCCUGGCGCUGCAGGCCCUUCCAAUAUCAGUGCCCCAGGGAGAGUCAGAGGAGGCAGCACCUCCACCCCAGGGCCCCCCUAAGGCUUGCUAAGAUGCCUGCAUUCCUCUGUUACCUCGGCCCGGCUGUGCCUAUUUUCAUGCUCAAAGACCUUAGGCUGUUUUCCUGCCUUAUGACACAAAUAUCUCUCGCCAGUUUAGUGCUUUAUUGUUUGGAAAGUAUAAUCAGAGAUAUUAGCUCAUUAUGGUUCAUGGUGCCCCAGAAUGGGAGGCAGGGAAUGAAUCAUGGUCCCUAUUUUACUGACAAGAAAACUGAGACUCAGCUUAGGUAACUGACCCGCCAGGUUUGAGGUCAUGGACUGACCCAUGUGAUCAGUCCCAACCCCUGCGGUCUGACCACAAAACCUUUACCCCGAGGCCUGGCCAGAAGUCUUACAUCUGCAGAACGUGGUGGCUUCCUUUCAGACCAAGAGGCUCAGAAGUUUCACACUCAGCAAACAAAGCCUAGACCUUUGAAUUCUUUCCUCUGGCCCAAAGUCAAGUCUUAAUCUCCUGCACUCACUUGUUUCAGGAGUCUCUUUUUUCCCUUCCCCCACAAAAUCACAGGACUCUGCAUGGGUUCUUGAACCCCAUCCUUAACAGAACUAGCCCAUGCGAUAAGAAGCCAUCGGGGUAGCAAGGUGAUUUCCUUAAAUUCUUCUUCUUCCCCCCAGGGGGGCACACCACCCCUGGAAUCCUCCAUCAAGGUCACUUUUUGUCACCCAGAGCAGACUUCCAGAGCACACAGCCCCGUGGCCCCCUGGGCUCUUGCCUCUUCCUCAGUCAUCUGUCCUGGGCCUUCACCACACAUCGCCCAGAGGAAAGUCCAGCCAACCUAUCCCAGUAAGAAUCCUAUGUUUAUAUUAGAAAGAGUCUCCCUUGGGUCUUUCUGGUUUGAUUUGUGGAUUUCUCUUUGCAUCCUGCCCCCUCCCCUACACACACCUUGCCCCAUGACUCACAAACCAUAUCUCCCCUCCAAGGUGUGAGCACUAAGAUCUUUAUUAAUGCAAUCAACCUGGGAAAGGGGGCUGUGAACUCCUCCACAAUGGACACAGCAGUAGGGUCCUUCUUGAUUCGUUCACAUGACUCUGUAGUUCACAAGGCCUC